AUAACUCAGAAUGAAAUUAAGUUUAUUACCUUUCAGCCAGUAUAGAAAUAUAUUAUCUGAUCUCUUCUGAAACUGACUUGAAGAUAAUGUUGUGCUGCUGUCACUGAGCCCUUCGUUAUUUGCUGAGCAUGCUGGGAUCUCAUUCCAGCACAACCAACAUGCCUGAGUCUGCGUGAAUCCCCUCAGCAUGCUCACUGCCUCUGCAAAUUUAAACAAAGAAGAGUUACCCUGAAAUCCUGCAGACAGAAACUGUAUAGUUUUAUUUUUAAUUUUGGAAAACUUGAAAUGGACGGUAUAUUUUACACCAACAGCAUGUGGUGCAUUCACCAGUGAAGACUCUGGCCAAGUGUUCUCUGUCACAAAUCUUCUGCUGGUGUCACGCUGUGUGUGGAGGAAAGCGGAUUCGUCUCAUUUCCAGGAACGUGAACACACUUUGGACGACUGCCUCUGGUCCUAAAGCAGAGUUUGCCAUGGAUCAUGUGCUAAACAUUGCAGACAGCGUCAUCUUCACUCCGUAUGUUUACCCGGCCUCGUGGCCUGAGGACGGGGCUCUGCGUCAGAUCAUCAGCCUGUGGGUGGUGACCAACCUGGGAGCACAGCUGAUUUACCUGGGCUUUGGUGCUCUUAGCUUCUACUAUGUGUUUGACCAUAAGCUCAUGAAACAUCCACAGUUUGUCAAGAACCAGGUGAGAAGAGAGAUCCAGUUAGGAACCAGCUCCAUCUUCUGGAUGAGCUUCCCCACAGUGCUCCUUUUCUUCGGGGAGGUCAGGGGAUACAGCAAACUUUAUGACAACGUCACUGACUCUUCUCUGGGUUGGCCCGGGAUUUUUCUGAGCAUUGCAGGUUUCUUGUUUUUUACUGACAUGUGUAUUUACUGGAUACACCGGUACAUGCAUCAUAAGCACAUUUACAAGCAUCUCCAUAAGCAGCACCAUAUUUUCAAGAUCCCUACACCCUUUGCCAGCCAUGCCUUCCAUCCACUCGACGGCUUUCUGCAGAGCUUACCUUAUCAUGUCUACCCUUUCAUUUUCCCCCUCCACAAGGUUGUCUACCUCUCACUCUUCAUCUUUGUCAACAUCUGGACCAUUUCUAUACACGAUGGAGACUACCGCCUCCCCGGCCCCCUGAUUUGUCUUAUCAAUGGCGCUGCUCACCACGUAGACCACCACCUCUUUUUCAACUACAACUACGGUCAAUACUUCACGCUCUGGGAUCGUCUGGGGAACUCCUACAGACAUCCGUCAGCCCUGCUCGGGAGGGGGCCACACGACCACAUUCGCAAGCUCAUGGCGGAGACUGCACAAACCCAGUGAUGGAAGAGCUCCAGGCACAUUUUCCUUUUGUAGUAUUAAGCUCUCAGGCAGGUUUCUACAGAGACAGUCCAGUAUCCUGGGUCAUAGCACAAGAUGUAAAACAAUCCAUCAGGAGCAGAAAUGUAAAAUGAGAAAUAGGUAAUG